AUGGCAAAAAAUUCUCAGGAUGUUGUGUUUGAGGGAUGGUUAACAAAAUCACCACCUACUAAAAGGAUAUGGAGAGCAAGGUGGAGAAAAAGAUGGUUUUUGUUGACACAUUCUGGGGAACUCCCAGGACAAUAUAUCCUUACAUAUUAUACUGAUAGGAAUUGUAGAAAACUGAAGGGGAUCAUUGAUUUGGAUCAUUGUGAACAAGUGGAUUUAGGGCUGAAACUGGAUGAAAGAAAGUUGAAGUUUGAUCAUGUUUUUGAUAUAAAAACGCCCACACGUACUUAUUAUUUGGCUGCAGAAACAGAAAAUGAAAUGAGGUCCUGGGUAUCUUGUAUAUGUAGGGUUUGUGGUUUGAAGUCAACUAAUGAAGAUGAGGAUGUUUCAGUUGCCUGUUCAGAUGUAGAGAUAACUGAAGAGCAUCCAGAAACAAAAAGAAUGACUCUAAUGAACAAUUUCAGUGACACCCCUCCUGUGUCCCCAGUCAGUCCUAGUCCUUAUAUACCUGUAUCUGAAUGUAUUACAGGAAAAUCUAUUUUUGACUCAAGGGAUUUUCGAAGCCUUCUAGAUCACAAUUUAAGAAACACACUUCCAACGAAUCACGCUCGCGAAAGUUACGAACUGCCCCAACAAAACUACAUGAACUACAUGAACCUUCCUGAUCCGAGGUUCUACGACUGUCCCAGAAAACUGGCACCGUCGGGACAGAAACAUGACGACGACGAAAAGAAUCACUCGCCUUUACAGAGUCCCACGGACUCCGAUAGCGUCUUCAACGAUGACGACUGGAUGAAUAAUACAAAUAUUUCAGCAGAAAUGAACAAUUCGAAACAUACGAGACCUUCCGAUAGUUCCGCCGAUGGUGAGCUCAUCGCUACCAAAAAGUUCGUCAAGGUCAUAGAGAGGGAGGGGAAACCGGCCGUCGCUCCUCCGCCAAGGCCGCCGAAACCGUCUCAUAUCGUACCUGCACCUUGUUACCUGAACCUUACACCUUCGAAUGCAGGCAAAGAGGCAGAAGAAACCAACGAUUCUGGCCUCAACGAUUCUCAGCCCAAAGUGCUGACGGAUGAAACCUACGAUUUCCCGCGUUCGCAUCACAUCGAGAGCGAGGCGACAUUGAAAAGGAAGCACUGUUAUAACAAUGCUGCGCCGGUACCAUGCGCAGAUGGAACGGUCUUCAGAUAUGAUAUUUCUCCGAAGGCCGGCACAAGUACAGAGGUGUUCCGCUACGACUUCGAGGAGCAUCAGGCCCACCCCGAGCCGCCCUCGCCUGCCCACUCGCACUCCUCCUCGGCGCCCGCCUACUCGAACCUGCCCAGCCCGGCGCCGUUGAACGCGCCUGCGCUGCCCCCGAUGCCGCCGCCCGCCGUCAACAGAGAGCUGAAGCCGAGAAGGAAGCUGAGCGACUCGCUGUCGACGGCCUCGAAUCCGGAGCCGUCGUCGCCCAGGCACGCGCCUGCGCCGUCUGUGGAUAGGAAGCUGAAGCCGCCGACGCCGCUGCAGGAGGCGCACAUGAGGAAGCACUUCAACGUGGACGAAGACCACCGCAAGAUAAGGGCCGCCCCCAGCCCUACCCCGCCCAGUAUCGGUCGUUCGCACGACAGCCUCCUGUCGCAGAACGACUCCGAACAGGCCUACCACUAUCUGGCCGGCAAAAUGCAAUAUCUCGACCUCGACCUGGAGAAUUCCACUUCCGGCUUCGCCAGCAACAGUACAAAGAGCCUGCCCAAACAGCAGGAGGACACGGUGUACAAGAAGGUCGAUUUCAUGAAGACGCAAGCUUUCAAUAUCACCAUAAUGAAUUUAUUCCAUACAUUUCCACCAUACUGUAUAAUCCCUUGACAAUCGGGUUCUCCCUAAUUCCUUGCAAUUUUACAUAAUUCCUUGUGAAUG